AAAAGCGCUAUUUUAAUGUAAUUGAACAAGACGAUUUAUGCUAAGAGGGAAAAAAAAAAGUAGGUACGAUAAUUGAUAAAAUGUAUGCGACAAGUGCAUUCGAUGCAGUGCGUCCUUAGACUAUUUAGAGUACGCAUAAAAUAUGGUGGAACAAGUGGCAAAGACCGCAGACGACUUCGCAAAAUCCGAAGAUGUUCCCAUCGAAAAUGUUUAUGUCUACCUGGAUAUACGUAUUGAUAGAGAAAAAGCGGGUCGCAUCAUAAUCGAAUUGAAGAAUAAUAUAGCUCCAAAAACUGUGGAAAACUUUCGCGCACUUUGUACAGGGGAGAAAGGCAUAGGAAAAAGUGGAAAAAAAUUGCAUUACAAGGGAUGCCACUUUCAUCAUGUAAUUCCACAGUUCUUGGUCCAAAGUGGGGAUAUUUCGAGGGAUGGAACACUUAUUGAUGAUAGUAUUUACGGAGGUCCCUUUGACGAUGAAAAUUUUGUAAUAAAGCACGAUAAAGUGGGUACUGUGGGGAUGGCAAAUAAAGGGAAGAAUUCAAACGCGACUCAAUUCUACAUAACAUUGGCACCUUGCACUCAUUUGGAUAACAGUAACGUAGCAUUUGGCUACGUCAAGAAAGGAUUUAAUAUAGUUUUAGAAAUAGCAGAGUUGCCCAGGGAUGGAGACGUGCCAUUAGUCCCUUGCAUUAUUGAAGAUUGCGGAGAGAUUAAGCCUGGAGAAGAUUAUCAAAUAAACGAGAACGACGGAACUCUGGAUGUAUACCCACCGUAUCCCGAUGACAUGGAUGACAUCAAUGACCACGACAUGGACAUCGUGGUAACCGAUAUAAAGAAUUCAGGGAAUCUUUAUUACAAGAAGAGCAAUUACGUCGAUUCCGACAGAAAGUACAAAAAAGUAUUACGAUACAUCGAAUGGACGAAUAAGAAAAAGCUGAAGCACGAUACCAAAGUACAAACGAAAUUGAAGUCUCAAACGCUCUUCAAUUUAGCUUCAGUUCGAUUGAAAAAGAUGAAAUACAAAGAUGCAUUUGAUUUGUGUUCGCAGGUCAUCGAAAUAGAUCCAGAUUAUGGAAAGGCAUAUUAUCGUAGAGGACAAGCUGCAUUGAAAUUGAGAGAUUACGAUAAAUCCAUAGAGGAUUUUGAAAAGGCCAAACAGUACCAUCCGGACGAUCCUCUUAUACAAAAGGACAUGCUGUUAGCCAAAAAGUUGAAACAAUGUUACCUGGAGACGGAAAAAGCACUUUGUUCGCGCAUGUUUCAACAAUAGGAAUGUUUAAAUUGCGCCAAGACAAGUAUUACUAAAGUUAUUAUUUCAUUGGCAGAACAGAAAAUCGUAGAUAUGUUGAAUUGAAUUAAACUAAAAAUGACUGAAAAUUUUAGAAAAAAACUUGUAUGUAUAUAUACGAAAUGGUUUUUAACUCAGUUACCAUAUAUUUAAAGAUCAAUUUAUAACCAUUAUUUUUAAUAUAAAUAU